CUCGUUUGUUUCCAGGGUAAUGUCUUGGUUGCGGACUCGGGUAACAACCGAAUCCAGGUGUUUACGUCCGACGGCGAAUUUAUAUGCACAUUUGGAACAUGGGGUGGAGGCGCAGGGCAACUCAAAGGUGUCGAAGCUUUGUGUGUUUCUGACGGAGGGGUUGUCGCCAGCGAUCGCGAAAACCACCGCAUUCAAAUAUUCUAAUCAUUUUUUCAAGCAAAACGAGUACUUUCUUCCCUGUGUGCAUUUUGGAGCUUUAAUAAUAAAUUUUUACAUAUAAAG